AUGAAGUUUUUUGUGAUAAAAUCAGUAUUGAGGGCCGUCUUUCCCGUGGUUUUCGCUUCGGCACUUUCAUACGCUGCACCUGUGGGAUCGGAUACCCUGCUGGCCUCCUUUACAGCUCCUGAAAGCUCUUCUGGUUGUCAUGUCCUCUGGCAUUGGAUGAACGGGCAUAUGAACAAAGAUGCUAUCACAAAAGAUCUCCAAGCCAUGAACAGGUCGGGGUACACUGGAGCACUCAUUUUCAACGUUGGUGUCGGGAUUCCAAUUGGUAAAGUGGAAUACGGUAGUGCCGAGUGGUUCGAGCUCCUUGAGCAUACAUUCGAUGAAGCAGAGAAGUACGGCAUUGAGAUCUCUCUGCAUAACUCGCCCGGAUACAGUGGCGCCGGCGGGCCCUGGAUUACCCCCGAAAAAUCAAUGCAACAGCUAGUAUGGACGGAAAGCAGACUGGAAGUUGGGCUUAACGGAACUUCAAGUAACUCUAGUAUCACACUCAAAGAGCCAUUGAGGAAGCUAGGUUAUUACCAAGAUAUAGCGGCCCUUGCAUAUACUAGUUUACCAGAAGAAAAUGGUGCAGUUUUCAGGGAUGAAGUUCAGACGAUUAAAAUCAAUGACACGGAGGUUCCCCUUGAUGUUACUCAAGGGAUCAGAUUUGAUGCUAUGCUCCGUGUCCAGUCCGCCAGUGCAACUAUUGACAUUACCAUGAAGUCCUUGUUCACAGCUUCCGCGAUUAGUAUAUUCCGUUUUCCAGAAAUUCCUUUAGAUACGUUUGACGGAGCUCGGGAUUAUCCAGCAACCUGGACUUUGACCGCUUCAAACGAUUCGACAACAUGGAAAACUGUGACUUCAAUUAGCAGCCCUGCUCUCCGAAAAUUCGAUGCUCCAGCAGUUGGAACAUUCUCGCCGGUUGUUGCACGCUACUUCCGCCUCAAGCCAAAUCGCGCAAGUUGGAUAUCUGGUAUCGAGAUUCAUUCGGGCCCACGACUUGACAAUUGGGCUUUGAAAGCACAUGCAUCCGCAGGGUCUGUGGCGGACCCAGCUAGAAUAGUCACAACCACCACUUCAACCAUAAACCCUGAUGAAGUAGUCGAUAUAACGGAGUUCAUGAAUGAAGACGGUACACUGAACUGGAAAGCACCUCCGGGGCGAUGGACCAUUGUAAGAUUUGGCCACACUGCUACUGACCAAGAGAUGCCCGCUGCCCCUGAAUCUGGUGAGGGGUUGUCCGUUGACCUUUUCAGCACUGAAGCGUUGGAUUUCCAUAUCGAAAAACACAUCAAGCCAAUCGUUGCAGCUGCGAAAGGUCAUGUUGGACGGUCAUUCAGAGGAUUGGAAAUCGAUAGUUAUGAGCUUGGUUUGCAGACUUGGUCUACAAACUUCAGAGAGGAGUUCAAGAAAUAUCGUGGAUAUGAUAUGGGGUCAUGGUUAUUGGCAACUACCGGCAGAAUCUUGACUUCUGCUCUGGAGACCGAAAAAUUUCUUUUUGAUCUUCGAACGACUCACGCGGACCUUGUUGCAAAGAAUCAUUAUGCCCAUUUCAGGAAGGCAUUGAAUGACAUGGGUGUUUUGUUACUCGCAGAACCAUACGGAGAUGGGCCUUUUGAUUCAAUGGAAGUUGCAGCUGAGGCUGACCUUGCUUUCGGGGAAUUCUGGGCAAGAUACACUUAUGGAAGUGACGGGUAUCCUCAAAUCGGCACCUCAAUGUCGCACCAAGAAGGCUACACCCUAAAUCCGGCUGAAGCGUUCACUGGUCAACCCAUGACUGCGAGAUGGACGGAGCAUCCUUACAGUUUGAAAGCAGAGGGAGACAGAAUGUUUACUCUCGGGGUGAACAGACUUAUGUUACAUUCGUAUGCGAUGCAGCCGGAAGAUCACGCUAUGCCAGGAAUGACUAUGGGGCCUUUUGGUGCACAUUUUGACAGAAGGAUAACUUGGACUGAUCAAGCGACUGGAUGGACAACCUACCUUAAAAGAGCACAAGGGGUAUUACAACAAGGAAGGCCAGUCGUUGAUGUAGCAUGCUUCGGUCGAGAGGAACCCGACCCCAAAGUCACUCAGACUUAUUUUGCACCCUGCAGCGUUCCAUUAGGCUACGGAGCCGACAUUCUUAGCAAAAGUAAACUGCUUGAGAUGACAGCUUCAAAUGGGCGAGCUGGGCUUCCAAGCGGCGUUUCAUACAAAUUGAUCGUAUUCCCUGUAAUGAACGCAGCGUCGAAGGAAGUGCUGGAAAAAAUUAGCGAGCUUGCCAAUGCUGGUGUAGGGAUAUUAUUAUCUGGAAGCCCUCCAUCAAGAGGGUUAGGCCGGAGUAUUGCUACUGGCGCCGGCACGGACGAAAACGUUAUUGCAGCUGGAAUUGAACUCUGGAAUAAGACAGGCAACGGCAAUGUAUUCAACGGAACAGCCACGAACACUACCCUGGUAUCACUCGGAAUCGAGCCGGACUUCACGUUCACUUCAGACACAAACGAUGCUGCCAUCUACUCUAUUCACCGCGUUGUGGGUGACAGUGAUGUUUACUUUGUUAGCAACGGACUCCGAAAAACAGUUCAGUCGGUUUUGUCUUUGAGAACGAUAGCUGGCGUACCGGAACUUUGGUACGCAGAGACCGGAAGACGAAUUUCUGCAGCCUAUGAGCGUAAAAAUAACAGAACAUUUAUUUCUUUGACACUCAAUCCCGCCGAAUCAGUGUUUGUUAUCUUUCGGCAGGCGAACCCUUCCUCCUCAUUAGUUCAAGCAUCGCAUAAUGGGGUGUCUCUUUUGCAAACAGCACCGUUCCCUUCUCCAAAUCCUGCCUUGUACAAAAAUACCUCUGUGGAUUUCUCAAUCACGUUUUGGGCAAAGCCAGAAACCUAUCGAAGAGGAGGUACCGGGUAUGUUUUCUACCCACCUAUCGGUGCGACGACAUAUGGGUCUGGCCAUGCUGCCGUAGGCUUUGGGCUUGGAACAAAUGGAUUUCUACUUUCAGAGAGUUCAACAAGUACGCCCGCUACUUUCUUGGAGGUCGCUAUACCUAUCUCAGGAUGGACACAUUUUGCAAUUGUCUACACCGCGAAUAUCCCAGUCGUUUACAUUAAUGGGAAAGUUGCGGGAACUGGAAAAAAGUCAUCUUCUAUCGUACAUCCAGGUGUGGGAACCCCGGAUUCCACUUCCCAAAUGAUAAAUCGAUUCGAAGGAGACCAGAUUGGUCUUAAAGUCCACCCUUCCUCCCUCACGAUCGCCGAUAUUAGUGAUCUCUUCGAAAAUGAUCUGCCAGAGCCAGUAGCCCCACCGACUAUCGAAAUACUGGAUCAAAAAAAUAACCUUCUAUUCCGUCAGAACGGCGAAUACAAAUUCAGUCUCAGUGAUGGUAAAGCCAAGAGCUUUAAUAUCACUAGCGUAUCUAGCACCGCUAUUUCUGGCCCGUGGACAGUUAGCUUCCCCGAGGGUUAUGGUGUAAAUUCAAACAUAACCUUAGAUAAACUUCAAUCCCUCCAUAAGAAUGAUGAUUUCGACGUUGCACACUUCUCCGGCACCGCGACCUGGACGACAAGUUUCAAUUUCUCCAGUCGCUCCAGAACUAGCAGCAGGAUACUACUCAACCUCGGACGAGUGGAUAAUAUUGCCCAGGUUUUUGUCAACGGCAAAGACGCAGGCCUUUUAUGGAAACCCCCUUAUGAACUCGAUAUUACCUCUUACGUCAAAUCAGGCUCGGCAAUCAACUCAUUAGUAGUAGAGGUUACAAAUCUUUGGCCUAAUAGAUUGAUUGGCGAUGAAUCUUUACCUGUGGAGGCGAUGUUCAAUUCGACGAAUGAGAAUCUUGCGGUUCUGGAAUUCCCUGAUUGGUACUUGAAUAAUCAGCCAAAAACCGGUGAGAGGGUCACAUUUACGUCGUGGAGGCAUUUCGAGAGCGACGAGCCGUUAUAUGAAAGUGGUUUGUUGGGACCGGUAAAUAUUAUUGUUGCCGCUACGAGAAGUCUGUAA